CAGAGUCUUUGAAGGCAGCAUGAGAGCGGUACACUGACUCCGGUCCCGCCCCCGGCGGCCUCGGCUCAACUUCCUGCCUGCCAUAAGUUGACUGUACGCGGCAGGACGGCGUCCACACAGCGGCCCCUCACCUGAUGAACACACAGCCGCCCGGCACUAGCCAUGACUCAGCAGGAGCAGCAGGAGUUCACAGAAAGCGUGGAAGCGGCCCUCUCCUGGAUGCAAGCCAUCCAGGAGAGGCUGAGGGCCAACGACAACACCCAAGGGCCUCGUGAUGCCCUGGAGGCCCGGCUCAGAGAGACAGAGAAAAUCCAUCUGUCGGAGCAUGAAGGGCGUGUGAAGAUGGAGGUGGCGCUGGUGGCUGCUGAGAUCCUUCUGCAGAGCGGAGAUGAAGAGCUGAGGAACCACACCCACGCUAAGCUCAAAGACCUGAAAAGCCAGUGGGAGGAGACCUGCACCUACAUCAUCCACUGUCACAGUCGAAUCGAGUGGGUGUGGCUCCACUGGAGCGAGUACCUGAAGGCCUACGAGGAGUUUGAGCUGUGGCUGACGAGGCAGCAGCGCAGUCUGGAUGUCAGGGUGGAGCUCCAGCUGGGGGUGAAGGAGAAGCUUUGGCAGGUGGACCAGCAGAGGGUGGCGGUGAGUGACGUCCACAACCAAGCCACGCUGCUGGAGAGGCUGCUGGACGAGGCUGCCGCGCUGCACAACAGGACCCAGGACCCCAGCGUGGAGCCCCAGGCACAGGAGAGGCUGCAGGAGGCCUACAACGAUGUCAGAGACAGAGCCGAGGAGCGUCUGUCGCUGCUUCAGAAGAUGGCUGAGGAGCACCAGACGUACCAAGGCAGCGUUCAGAGGUUCCAGUCUUGGCUGCUGUCAAAAACCAAGGAGCUAACGGAUCUGAUGGAGAAGGAGGAUACAGCCGAGAACAAGCUCAAAGCCUUACAAGCUUUGGAUGACAGUGUCGCUGCUGAGGAGAAGACCCUGCAGCACAUCGAAGGCAGGGCAGAGGCAGUGAGGGCCAACACCUCUCCUGCCGGGGCGGAGAUGGUGGUGGAGGAGGCCGAGGAGUUGAGACUUGGCUGGCUGAGGCUGAGGCAAGGCCUGUGUGAGGCUGAGGAUGGUCUGCGCUCCAGCCUGGACUCCCACAGUCAGUACAUGGCCAGGUGUCAGCGGCUGGGAGAAGACAUCAACCGCCUCAGGCUGUUGAUGCAGGGGCUGGACCAGGAACUAGAGGGGAGCCGCCAGGCUGGGGACCGUGCUGACUGCACCGAAGAGCAGAUCCUGGGCCAGUGGAAGAAAUACACGGGGGUGAGGAAUGCUCUGGCAGGGGAGGAGUCCCAAGUGGAACUUCUCAAGGCUCAACUCAAGGAGCUCUUCAGGUUCUCAGGGGACUCCCGCCACCUCUCGGAUGACGUCCUGGCUAUUGUCAAAGAACACCAGAGUGUGAAAUGCAGAGCGACAAGGCUGUGUUCGGAGUCAGAGUCAGGGCUGAGAAGCAUUCUCCAGGAUCCACUGCUGGUCUACGCCCAGUGGAGCCACAUGGUCUCUCAGGUUCUGGAGGCUUCCGCUGAGGUUACUGACUUCUCCCAUAUUGCCAUGUUGGUCCAGAACAUCGAGCAUCUGCUGAAGGACAGCGUCCAGCUGCAGGAGCGUUUGAGUCUACUGCAGGUGAAGGGGGACCUGCUGGACUCCGUGUUUGGUCCUGAGAGGUCUGACGGCCUGCAGGACGAGCUGAACGCCGCCAUCAGGAACAGAGAGCUGCUGCACAAUCAGCUGCUGCAGAGGAAGAGCAGACUACAGGGCUUAAUCUCAAGAACCAAAGACUUUGGUGACGCCUAUGAGCUGAUUCGCUCCAAGCUGAGCACUCUCCGGGACCGACUGAUGACAGCUGGUGGCCCCCAGCCUGACAUCCUGGCUAAAAAAAGCCAGUCUGACCAGUUCAGGGUGAUCCAGAAGGACCUGGAGGAGUGUGAAGCCCACAUCAUAGCGCUGGAGACUCUGGUCUCAUCCAGUCAGAGCUACAGGACUCAGUUUGAGAGGCUCUAUGCUGAGUGGAGACAGCUGCACAAGGACGUGAGGGUGAAGGUGCACGACAGUGAGGAGAGCAUCGCCGACCACGAGAGCUUCUACGACAGUCUGCUGAACAUCCAGAAGUGGCUGAUGAUCAUGAGGCAGAAGCUCGAGUCCUUCCACGGCCCCUCAGGAGAGUGGAGCAUAGAGGGUCGCCAGCACGAGGCUGAGAGAGCUCUGGGAGAGUUUCCAGAGAAGGAGCUUCAGCUCCAGCAGAUGGAGGUUCAGGCUCAGGGCGUUUUGGAGAAGACUUCAGAAGAGGGACAGGUCCACAUUCUGCGAGACAUCAAACGCCUCCAAGAGUCCUGGUUUGCUCUGUACAACAUGAGCCUCAAUCUUCACAGGCUGCUGAACAGCUCCACAGAACAGACAGAGUCUGACUUAUGGAGAGUGGGGGGCGUCUCUGUAGACAAUAUGUCCCUAACAUCAGAGCUCAGCUUGGGGCCGGGGGACAGUCAGGUAAGGGCCGGAAGCUCCAGGAGCCAGAGAGCCCAACAGCAAGACAAGCCAGCAGAGGGGUAUGGAGCCUUGGCUAGCUCUGGGCCUGGAAGAGGAGGGAGCCUGGAGGGAGAGGCAGGAGAGGGGAUGGUGAUGGGGCAGGCCAGAUGGAUCCAGGGUGAAGGUCCUCUCAUUCUCACUGGACAGAACAAUGAACAUCUUAGCACAUCAAGGACAAGCCAGGACAGUGGACGCUCCUUCAUAGGAGAUGAAGUAGAUUCAGCUUGGAGUAUUCACAGAAGAGCAGACCAGAAAGUUUCCAAAGACUCCACCGCUGAUGGAAGCCCCGACAGUGAUACGCCAACAAGGGGUGACAGCAGCAUCCUGACCACAGACAGAGGGGCAACGGCAUUCACCACAAAGGUCAGCUCUGCUGAGGAAGGAAGAAUGAGCUCUGGACAAGGCAGCAUGGAGGCAGGGGAAGGCCUGAGUCCAGGAGGAGGAGGAGGAGCGUUCAUGGUGUUCAGAAGAGACACAGCCAAGCAACAAACAACACCAACGCAACACACACUGAGAGGCACAGGACAGUACACCUCCAGGAGGAGAGAGUUUGAGGCCUGGCUGUCCAGACAAAAUGAAAUCCUCUCAGGGAUCCUCAGCACCCGAGGAGCAACACUCAGUGCCAAAGAACUGAAGAUCCGACAGGACACACUCAAGGCUCUGAGGGCCGAGGUGGCCUGGGGUCAGGAGCAGUUCCAGCUCUUGCUCCAGGAGAGUCAGAGCAGUGAGGCUGGUGCUGGACCAGCAGAAGACCAGUCUCUGGAAGAACUUCGGUACCGCUGGAUGCUCUACAAGUCCAAAAUGAAGGAUGUGGGAGACAUCAGGGCCAGGGCUAGUGCCAAGAGAGUCAAAGCCAAACAAGAGGAGGAGGAUGUCACAGGAAAAGUGCAAAAGAGGCCCGGCUUGUUGCAGCGGGUGUGUCGGCUGGCUCUUCCUCUGUGGCUUCUCCUGCUGGCUCUGCUACUGCUGGCCUUCCUGCUGCCCCUCAUGGAUGAAGGCAACAGCUGCUCCCUCUCCAACAACUUCGCCCGAUCCUUCAAGAUCAUGCUCCGUUAUGACGGACCACCACCCACAUAGACACCCUCCUCCAGUGGGCGGCACAAUAGAGUAAUAUCUGAUGUCAGCUGUUUCUGUCUCUGUCGUGGACUGUGGCUCAUGUAGGAAAUGUCGCCCUGCCCUCUGACCACGUGGCUGUGCAGCUUCAAACUCUGUUUCAUGCAGCAAACUUUAAAUUCAUUUUAAAAGCCACAGCUUCACUAACACCAGAAUCAGUCACACAGUUACAUCGCCCACUAUCCAUGAAGGACACCACAACCCGAGCACAUCUGCACAUGACAAAUCCCCUUCUACACACUCUGGACUGUCAGCUCUCCUGAAGCUCACAUCCCAGGUAUGUGUGCAGCUUAAACAGCAUUAUGUAUUUACUGAUCUAUCACAAAGUAUCAGCAGGACUCCAAUUCCCAUGCUCAUUGUAAGAGACAGACCAUAGAUGCUGUGAACCAAAGUCAGUCUUCAGUAGCAUGUCUUCCUGACAGGUUCAAUAUGUUUGGCAGCUUUCUUCUUGAUUCUGUUCGUCUGAGCUUCAGAUAACUUUAAAAAUGACCAACAGACCAAAAUCCCACAUGCAGGGCUACAAGUCACUUUUCAUGAUUACACGCACAGACCAAAUGAUGCAGCAGGUCCUCAUCAAACACGCAGCAACAGAACUGGACACGAGACUCGACAGCUGAUGGUGUUAAUCAUAGCUCCAUGUGGUCCAGCUUAUUCUGAACACACACUCUCCGCCUGAUGAAAGUGCAGCUUUAGAUUUGAAAUUCUGUUUCAUGUUUUUAAAGGUUUUAAGGCCAAACAUUAAAAUAGUGUGUUCUUAGUAUUUCAGGCUGUGUGUUCAUGAUAAUGCUAAUCCUUCUGUUCUGCCUGUGAGCGCUGAGUCUGUAGACAAAUCACGUUUCCAUCAUCAUCAUCAUGUCUACUUUGAUCAUGUUACUGAUUUAAUGCGUUAGCGUAGCUCGCAAUCGAUUUGCAAACAGCCCACUGCCAGGCUGCAACAUCUGGUCUCAUCCAGGGUAGAGUGUAGCUAGCUCAGUGUGUGAUUCUGUCAGCCUUUUCAAACAUGCAGGUUUAGUAACGAGGCAGCACACCAAUCAUUUGUCUCUUCUCCAUCACAUCUACUGGAGCUAAACUCUUCUCUCAUGACGUCUUAAAACCUUUUAGCUGAAUGUUCACAGCGUCCAGUCCAUCCUGUCCAUUCCCAUACAGUAUAUCCACGCUGGUGACAGACAUGGGCUUGUGGGAAAUUAUGUUCUUUAUGGCUGCAAGAGCAGAAAUAUGACAUCAACAAUAUGACUUUGGUUUUGCCCCUGUCCACACAAACUGUGGAGCAGGGAGGUGGACGUUUAAUGUGAGCAUGACUCGAUCCCAGAAGUUUAUAUCAAAGAACAGUGAACUGCUGAUGAUCAUGUUGCAUUGUGGACUCAUUGAUGUGGUUCACGGAUUCAGGAACAGCUUGGUUGAAGCAGUACACAUGUAGUACAUGAUGAACCAAAAGUCCUCCUUCAGGGACCAUUCUGUCUCUUUUUGAUUGGUGGAUCUGUUUGUGUGAUCAGCCUCUGUUGCUCCAGGAAUAAGAAGCUGUCUGUGAUUGGAUACUUCAGGUCUGUUCAUGUGUCAGUCGGGUCAAAGCUUGUUUUGAACUUUUCCAUCAUCUCAUUAGAGCUGUUGAGCUACAUUUCUUUUCUGAAGGUGCUAUUUUAGCUUAAACAUCUCACUCUGUCUUUUUCACAGCCUAAAUCACCAGUGAGAACAGUUAGAAAGCAGUCUGCCGUGACCCCUGACAUUUUCUUGGACCACAAUGAGCUCUUGGUGCCAGCGCCUGAGCUGUAAAGCUUGGCACUCUUGGCAUCCCAAAAUAUAUAUUUUUUUAUUCUGCGUUCUCUCUCGUUUCACACCACACAUAGCCCUAAAAAUACCUAAACACCUCCACACACCCUCACACUUUACCUUUUUUGGACUUGUGAAUCUGUUAUUGACUUGUCGUGUUGCCAUGGCAACAGUGACCAAAUGAAGUUAAUCUAUUACGUCUUCUUAAACAGCAACAUUACAGCAAUGUUAAAUGCAGCUUUUGUUUGGCAAUGAAAGAGCAGCGGUUUCGUUUGAGCUUCACUCUAUCAUCAUCAUGGCAGGUCAGACAUAAAAGUAUUAUAUAAUAUAGAAUAAUGAAGUAUAAAGAAAUGAAAACCUCACUGCCAAGAUGAUGGGCAGCGUCUCACAGACUACUUUGGACUUUCUUCUGGCCCAAGAAAGGACUCAGACCAAUUUUUCUUUUAAAGCAACAUUAUGUCAAAAUGUGUUAUUUCUUUCAGUUUAGCACCCUCACUUUCAGAGUGUAAUCCCACUGUGGUAAAUAUGUUAAGCUGUACUCGAGUAUUUGUUCU